AUGGCUGCGGCAUCAUCCUCUUCAUCUGCCGGAGGGUGUACUGGACUCCUAAUCUGGGUUGCAACAUUCGCGUUGACAUCUGCUCUGGGGUCCCUAGCUGAGUACAGCAACUAUUUGAAGAGUUCAUCCUGGGAGCCACAUCGCGCCGUCCGAACUGUUGGAGAUGGCGGCGUGGUGAUUCAUCCCACACGAGGAAACCGGACAUGGCCGAAGGACUCUCCGGCGUCGGCCAUCAAGGUCAAACGAGCUGACGUUCCAUGUCACUGCGGGCAUGAGGAAGUCUCGGCGUACUUCCCACAUGGGGAGAUGGCCGUGACAAAGAUCGUGGAAGGCCAGCUUGUCACACGCCAUAUCUUACGAGAGCAGCCACCCUGGAACUCACAUCCUGCAGCCGCGACUGGCUGGGGACUACGAAUUCCUUUGCUGCUGCCUGGGAUUAGCACAGAAGUCGCUGGCGUGAUGAGCUUGCGCCUCGAUCAUAAUGGCUGGUCUGUCAAGUCCUCGAAGGCUCUUUCAAGGGCAUUGAGCCAUGACAACCGGCUCAGCCUUGGGCGCUUCAUGGUGCUGCGGAUAACACGAGAGUUCGGUCCUUCGAGUGGCAUCCGAGGAAGUUCUUUUCCUUCCUCGUGGCAUCUCAUGGCCAACUUCAAGCGCUUCGACCUUGGGAUCAGUGCCAUUCAGGGGCACAGUAGAAGCCCUGACGAGGUCUCCAAGGUGGCCCUUGGCGAAUGUCUCACCUUGGAGAGAUGCAAACAGCUAGGACAGAUCUUCCACGCCUCAGAGAAUGCCAACUACCAGUCCAUCCGGACCUACGGUCUGGUGCUGGAGGCCACAAAGGCCUCCUGGCAGAGACACCGCAAGGCCAUACGCAUGGCCCAGCAGGAGAAGGAGCUCAACGAGGUCCUCCGAAAGGCCAAGACGAAGCCGCUGCACCUUUUCAGCUACCGGCUCCUGCACCGCGUCGACAGCAGCGGCAAUGAGGUGUACUACAGCUUGGAGCAGUCUGCCAGACGAGACGCGAGCGACUUCUCGAUUCUCGUCGGUGUCAUCUGUGAGGCCUAUGGUCAG